UUAUUUACACCUGACUUUUAACAUUUUUUUAUUUAACACGCUUAUCAAACAGUGUCAUUUAGGAUUUUAUUGAAACCACAUAUUUUUCGUUUUUUAUCACAACGAAACACUCUGAAAUUUCAUACUAGCCAGAGCUGUUUUUAAAAAACACUUUUUGAUUCAUAUAAUGUUUCAAACGUGUAAAUAUUUUCUAAGUUUAUUGUUAAUUUUUGGAAGUUUAUGCGCGUGUGGUUAUACUAUAAGUACCAAUAGAGUAACUAAGAUAGAGAAUUAUCCUAUGGCUACCACAGAAAAACCUGUAGAGAUGUCCACAAAGUCAAGAUAUGGCCAAGAAUUGGAAGAAUAUAAUAAAGCUUUAGCAAACUCGCGGAAAGGCAGAGGAAUAAUGGAUGAUGCUCAUGAUUAUGAUCAUGACAACCAUCAUGACAUAAUUGUUGACCAUCCUCCUGAAAUGCCAAAAAUGAAAGAAGAGCCCAAACAAGCUGCUGAUGCGUUUACCAGUUACUACGACUUUAUCAUUACUGAAGGAUCUUUCAAAUUUUGGUCUGCUUUUCAACUAUUCACAGCGCUUUUGCUAAUUUAUUCGUCCCUUGCCGCUGCAUACUAUGCAAAAUUUAACAUAAUUACCACCGAUUAUGAUUAUUACGAUGAUUUCUUCGGAAGGUCAAACAACGAUGCGCCUUCUACGAGUUUAUGGUCAGGGUUGUCAACCUCAACCGUUCAAAGAAUACUCAACGCCAUCUCUUCCAAAAAAUUCACUUAAUAUUUUCGGUAAAGGUUUGUUAUAUUACUAUUAAUUUUCACUAAUCUUGCAAUGUUUCAAUGUAAAUUUUUAAAAAUUUAAAGCUCAUGCUGUAUAGGCCUGGAUUCCGCGUACCAAAAAAGGUUGAUUAACAGCAAGCUGAAAAUUUGUUAAUAGCUUAACGGUGCCUAGUUGGACAAACUUUGAUGUACGGGAACACUGGAACAGGGGAAGUUUUAAUUGUGGAAUAGGUUAAAAAUUUGGAACGCCAGACUACGAAAACGUCCCAUGUAUUUUGUCGGACAGAACUUCCAAUUGAUUUGUUAUCCUUUGAAUGAAGAAAUAUCAUGUGCAGAGACAAAGAAGGAGAUAUAGUAACUCAACAGAGUGAAAUACUGCAAAGAUGGACUGAAUUCUUCAAAGAAAAGUUUGAACAAAACGGAGAUCCACUAUACGAUCAAAUUAUACCUGGAUCAAACGGAUACCAGAGAAACAACCCCCCCCCCCUUCAGUAGCUGAAAUGCAAGAAGCAGUUACCAGACUGAAAAACAACAAGUCACCUGGAUUGGACAACAUUAGCGCAGAAUUAAUAAAAGAA